AUUUCUUUGUGCAAUUGCUGGAAAAAUUUGUGAAAUUUGUUAUUUUAUUUUAAAAUAAUUGUAAAAUGCUUCCACAAAUACUAGAAAAUAGUUAUUAAAUAUGUGCAUAAUACUGUGAAAAAAAUACUUCGCGUAUAUCUAAUAAAUAAAAACAGUUAAAGUAAAUGCAAAAUUUGUGUAAAAAAUUAAAACGAAGCAAUAGCAAAAAUUAGUAAAAUUUUACAAUUAUUUUACCUCUAAAUGUUUUUUCAAUUGUAUUUUGCAUACUUGGCACAUAUAAUCAAUAAACUGCAAGUUGACCGUCAACGUUUUACAGGCAGAAAAAUAUAGAAGUCGACAGAGACACGGCGGCUGCGGCAGCGCUAACAAAUUAUGUGUUUGAAGGUUCAACUUUAAACAGCCAUUGGCUAUUUAAAAGUUUGAAGAUUACUUAAAGUUUGAAGAUUACUUAAAAGUUUGAAGAUUACAGAUACGAAACAAUCUUCAAACAUAUAAGUUAUGCAUGGAAUAGUGUGAAGUGUGAAGAAGUUUUACUGCUGCAGCGCAUAUUUUUUUCAAGCCUCAUAUCCACUUUAAAGUUUCCUCAAUUAAAAUUUUGUCAUCCCUAAAAAGUUAAAUUUAAAGCUAAAAAGGAACAAACAAAACUGCACAAAGUGAAGUGAACGUUUUAUUAUUUUUUCACAAAAACAGCGAAAACCUUUAACCCUUUAUUUAGUAAGACUUUUUCAGUGUUUAUAAUAUACAACAUAAAUUAUUUCAGUUUUCGUUUUUUACCUUGAACGAGUUGUGUGUCUUCAAAGUUCAUAGAAAACAGCUGACACUACUACCGGAGUAAAACUCUUACGGAAUAGUAAAUAAUAGUUUUCCAGAUAGAAAAGACAAUCUAAUUUUUUCUAUAGAUUGGGCAAAAUGAAGAAAAUUUUUUCAAAAUUUGAUAAAAAUGAAAAACUUGAAUCACUUCAUAAUGUUUCAUCGGCCAAGGAAACCAAUACUAGUUUUGUUGGUAAAGUGUUUACCGUAGGACGUGUCACGGUCACCAUAGAGGAUGUAUUGGCUGAAGGUGGUUUUGCAAUGGUUUUUCUGGCAAAAGCCAAUACAGGCAAUGCCAAAUACGCUCUCAAGCGUAUGUAUGUUAACAAUGAACAUGAUCUGAAUGUGGCUAAAAGAGAAAUACAAAUAGCGAGUAACUUAAGUGGUCAUAAAAAUAUUAUUGGUUAUGUCGAUUCGAGUAUAACACCAACUGGUAAUGGCGUUUGUGAGGUUUUACUGUUAAUGCCGUACUGUAAACAUCAUAUGCUGGCCAUGAUGAAUGCACGGUUACAAGUUGGUUUUACCGAAUUGGAAGUCAUGACAAUAUUCUGUGAUAUUGCUGAAGCAGUUUCUAGACUGCACUACUGUCAAACACCAAUAAUACAUCGUGAUUUGAAGGUGGAAAACAUAUUGCAAAACGAUGCAGGAAAUUUCGUAUUAUGUGAUUUUGGUUCGGCUACAGCUAAAAUAUUGAAUCCUCAACAGCAUGGUGUUACAGUCGUCGAAGAAGAAAUACAAAAAUAUACCACACUCUCGUAUAGAGCACCGGAAAUGGUGGAUCUUUAUGGGGGCAGAAGUAUCACCACAAAAGCUGAUAUCUGGGCUUUAGGUUGUUUGCUCUACAAAUUGUGUUUUUUCAAUUUACCAUUUGGCGAAAGUACUCUGGCAAUACAAAAUGGUACAUUUUCUAUACCUGACAAUUCUAAAUAUUCCAAAGGAAUGCAUCAACUAAUUAAAUUCAUGCUAGAACCUGAUGCAGAUAAGCGUCCAAAUAUAUGGCAAGUGUGCGAAGUAGCAUUUCGUUUAGCUGGAAAAGAUAAUCCCGUACAAAAUUUGCAUAAAUCGCCUGCAGUGAAUUUUGAGCAACUAGCAGUGCCUCCAUUUGAGGCAGAAGCCAAACGUAUAUUAUCAGCAGCAGCUGCUGCUGCUAAGGCCGCCAAACCUCAAUCAGUGGGCAUAGUUGAGUCUGGCACAAGUGUGGCCCCGCGCCAGAGACCAAAGGGAUCUUCUGCCGCACUUCCUCAAAAAACCUUAGGCUUGGGUUUACCUCCUAGUCCUUCACCUCGUAACAAUAUUACAUCACCACAACCACAGCAACCCGUAGUCGAACAAUUCCAAGCAAUUUUUCCCGCUAUAACACCUACAAUACCACCACCACCCGUUCCACCCCCAGCAACUACAGUUCAGCCACAAACUCAAACAGAUGUAACUGCAGAAGUCCCCAACACUACUGCAACAUUAAUACAAGCAAAGAAUACUGCUGCUCCGGAAAUGCUAAAUAGUCUAUUUGAAUCAUCCGUUUACCCAGAUCCUUUUAGUGAAGCUUCUCCCACACCCCAACUGCAAACUGCCGAAACUGCUGGCACAAGUGAUGAAGUGCUAAAAAGCACUGCAACUGACAUUACUUCUUUAGAUUCUACGACUAUAACAACAGCAACCGCUACAACUACAAUUGCUGCGGUCGGCGGUGGUGGAGACAAUGCAAUUGCUCAGUUGCUUUCGCCACCAAAAUCCACACACAAUAGUAAUGCUUCCGGCCAUCGUCGUAAUGUUAGUGACACAUCUGCUUUCAACAAAACCUUUGCCAAUGAGACCUCACAAUUUCUAGCACCUUAUGAUCAAUCUGUUAAAAGUCGAAGUGGCAACUCAUCCACCGGCAGUGGUGGUGAUUCAGGCCUAACAAGCAAUAAUUACGGCGGCUCUAAUCCGGGCUUAUUUGCUCCACCUACCACACAAUCUUCGGUUUCAAAUGCCGAAUUAGCCACAACACAAACAUCGCAGAUGAGUCGUGCCGGAAUGGGAAUCGGUAUUGGUGAGACUAUAGCAGCACGUGUCGAUACUUGGAAUCCAUUUGAAGAGCAGCCAUUUGGUCAAAUGACUGAGGAUCAUAUAUUUGAGGCGGAAUUUGAUAAAAUUCGUCAAAGAGGCAGUCAAGGAAGUAUCACUGCAAAGUCAGCAUCUACCACAUCAACUCUUACGCCAACUGAAACAAAUUAUAUGGCUGCAACGCCUGGUUCUGUCAAUUCCAAUACUUCGCAAUCGGCUUCUACAUCUCUACCGCCACCCAACUCAGCUGCAGGAAGUACUGCAAUAGCCCCAGCAAUACCUGAGGAUCCAUUUGGUUCCGCACCAUUUAGUUUACCGCCUGGCUUAAGGGAAAAGGCAGCAUCUUUACGCAAAACUGGAGCUAAAUACUUUAUGGGAAACAACAACAACAACAGUGCUACAAAUGCAACAACAACAACACCAAUUCUAACAAAUCCCAACAGUUUGGCAGGUGUGGCCUACUGUGGUGGUGGUACCACAUCAUCGACAUCGUCGAAAUGGCUUUUGUCACCCACCUUAGAAGUGUCAAGCGAGGAAAAAACUUCGCUAAUAAAUAACUUAAAAACUGAUUCCGAUGGUGGUGGUGUUGGGGAUGGAGGAAGUGGUUUGUUGCAAGACCUAGAUGAUUCUUUAGUUAAUUUAAGUGGUGCCUCGGUUGCAUUAGCUUCUGGGGGCUUUGUUAAACUACCACUGGAAGAUCGCAAUAAAUAUGAAAAAUUGCGCAGCAUUGAUCAGGCCACUUCAGAUGAUUCCGAUUCGGAAUUUUUUCAGGAGGAUUACAAUUCCGGAAUUACCACCUCCAAGAAGGCCAUCUUUAAACAGAUUGUUACUAAUAAUAUACCCGAUACUAUACAUAAAAUCCAGCAGGCAGCCUAUCACAAAGUGGACAAGACACAAAUUAAAGUACCGAUCGUUAAGAAGCUAAGAGAAAAAACCACUACAAAACGACCAUCUUCUGCGGCCCAGCAAGUGGCCCAACAAGUAAAUGCUGCUCUGGAAAAACAUGAAAAACAACAGCAACAGGCAGCUGAAAUAGCGGCAGCUGUGGCAGCAGCCGACGAAGCGAACAAAGACAAUGAAGAUGCUGAUUCCAUUGGCUCGGCCUCGGAUUUAAGGGCCGAAGAUGAUGAUUUCUUUGACGAGAAUCAAAUGAACAGUGUAUUGAGAACCAAUGCAAAAUUGAAACGACCCGAUAUGGAUGGCAUAAGUGAGAGUGUUAAAACAUGCAAUUCCUCGGCUUAUCAUGCCGAAUGUGAAUCUGUGACCACACACGAAGAUGACAUUAGUCGGGUUGUCGUUAAAGUGCGUAUGCGUAAAAAGGAUCGUAUUGCUGCUUUACAGGCUGCCUACAAUGAAGCCAAUGCAGUAACUAUCGCUAGCGCUGGUGGUAAUCUGGCAUGUGAAGAAAAUGAGCUAAGUCCCACUUCAAAUGAAUUCAUUAAUAAACUGGGUGAUAAGCCGCUACUACUUGAUGAUGAGUUGGCAUAUAACUCGGCUGACUCAACAGAUUCCAAUAACAAGAAUUCUAGUUCUGACGAUUCUAUUCCACACGCUCCGCUUGAUACAGCCGAUAAUAAUAAGCAAACUGUUAAAGUCGAGCGAGAGGAAGAAGAAUUAGAUGUUUUUGCUAUGGCUCCAUUCAAAAUGCCUGAAGGUUUGCCUCAUAAAACUAAAUUAGAUUCUAAAACUGCUUCCCGCAAGAAAUCAUUAGAUACAGAGAGAGUUAGUGUGAAGCCCACUUUAAAUCAGACAGCAGAAAUAUGGACAUCUACUCCAAUUAAAAAUAUAAAGACAACAUUUUCUGAUUUUCAUAUGCCGACGCCAGCAGCAAUAGCUACAAUAACGACUUCACAAAAAGUUGAACAGACAUCUCAACUUCAUGCAGUGUUGGAUGAGUUCAAUGAACCCGUAUUUAAUCCAUUUGUAAAUCAUAUAAAGCCUAUGCAACAACAGCAGCAGCAACAAUUGCAAAAUAAUGAUAAAGUAACUCCCAGCCAACACAUACAAAGUUCGUCUCACUAUGGCCUAGUAACAGUUAUCUCAGCAAACGCAUCAGAGACCUCUGCACCCACAGCGACAGCGUCAACUUGCUGCUCUUUUGCACCCACAUCAUUGACGGUGACCACAGCCACAUCAGCAACAGAACAGCGCGAUUUAUUUGAUUCUGAGCCGUUCCCUCAGGUAAUUAGUAAAUGUAUUAAUAAUGUUAAUCCAGAUAUUGUCAGUUGUCAAAAAGACUACAAAAACCAUAAUGUUGUACAAGUUAAAACUACCGCUCCCACUGCUACGACAUACACAACUCCACCAACACUUGAAUCUAGGCCCCAACUUGUAACUGUCAAUCAUUCUAUUAUAAUCAAUAAAACGCCUGAACCGACAUAUUCCAUACCUCAGCAACAACAGCCACAAAUUCCUAAAAACAAGUUUGCAUCACACCAAAAGACGAAUGUGAAUGUUACUCCCUUGGCUACUUAUGUUAAUGUGCCGCCAUUACCGAAUACCUGUGUCUUGAGUGGUUCCGCUACUAAAAUACCUAAAACACAAAUUGUAAAUGCGAUUAUACCCCCUCCCAAUGCUUCAGUAAGGUCGAAACAAAUUGUUGACUUGAACAAUGCGAGCAAUCCCCAAGUUAUGCAAAUUUCUUUGAAUGCCCCCGGCUCAUCCUCAGUACUGGGGAAGACAACUACCACUGUCACUUGUCAAGCAUUGCCUCCCCACUUGUGUGCUUCCCCUGGUAGUGAACAGUCAAUGUUUCCAAUUGCUGAUAAUGCUUUUGUUCAAAUUUCUCAAGAACGUUGCUCGGACUUUACGCCAGACGAUGAAGAGGAGCCAGUUGUUUUGCAUGCUAAACAUAAUGCCGACCUGGAUUCAACAAAGGCAUCAAUCUCCUCCUCCAGUCUUUCAAUAACAAACACACCGUUAACGGCAGCAGUAGCAGCACCCACAUCCACAAAACACAAAGAAAAAAAGAACCAUAUGGGCGUAAGGACUCUGCCUGCAAAACUGUCACAAAAAGUUAAAGGAAAUUCCUACAAGAAAGUUUCUGGUGAUCACCAUCACCCUCAAUCGUCUUCUACCAACACCGGCCUUACGACAUCAGCUUUAGGUUCAUCAUCCUCAUCACUAAGUAUGUGUCCCCCCAAACAGAAACAUCAACGUUCCAAAUAUAAAUCACACACCGAUGAAUUCGAUGACGAAGAAGACUAUGAAAAUAUGUUGUCGUCAUCAAACACGGCUAACAACACCACUUCGAUGACACAAAAACAUUCAAAGUCCUUUUCGGGUAAAUCUUUUGGCAAUUCUUCCUUCCAGUCGAAUUCAAUAAAAAAUUCCGUUAAAACAGGCUUUAGUAACAUGUCCUUUGAAGAUUUUCCAUCCGAUCAAGAAAUGGAUGCCGGUGGACGUGGUAUGACUCAAGCACCCGCUUUGCCCUUUGAAGUGGUCCGCAAUGAAAAGGCUCUUUUAGAGGCCGAAAAGAAAUUUGGCUCUUUGAAGAGACGUAAUAAUCUAUUCUCCUAGAAGAGAAUUAAACCAGUGACCAAACAGUCACUGAAACAGGAAUUCAAACAAAUCCUUCAGAAAGUAUUAAAAUCGUCCUCCUCGUCAACUUCGGCACACCACAAUAAGAAUUAAUGUGAUUAAUAUUUCCUAAAUUAAAAUUAGUCAAUUAUAACAAGGUGCUAGAAGCAUUAAUAAUUGGAUUUAAUUAUCUAAGUGUAAAUUUAAAUGUUCAUUUUAAAUUUGUAUAUUUGUCAAAACCAACUUCGGAGGAAAUUUUAAUUUUAAUCACAAAAACAAGCCUACAAAAUGGAAACUGUUGUUAUUUAAAUUUAAACAAAUCUAUUUUUAAAUAUUCAUUUCGAAUAGUAUUUUAUAAAAAAAAGAUAUUUCUUACAAAAUUCCAGAAAUACUUUCUAGAAUGUCUCAAAAAAAAGUUCCAAACGGCCAAGAUAUAAGACAUUAUUGUAUUCUUAAAUUAACGGUUUUUAAAUCUCAUUCAGUUCAUAAAUAUCAGGCGCUAUUAAGACGAUUGAAAAUGUUCAUUAAAUUGUUACAAGAAACGAAUCGUCUUAAAUAUGUAAUUACUGCAUAGGGAGGAAACAAAUAUUUACGACAAGGCUAGGGCCUUACCAGUUCUAAAUUUGAUAAAUUCGCUUUGGUUUGUCUUUUAUUGAGGUUCAAAGUUCAAAUUUUAUAUAAGAAUGGUGUAAAAUCGUUCAAUUUCAAUUGUAUAUAAGCUAAUGGAGAACUUUAAAUAUUUUGUAUGACUAUGAAAAACUUGCAUGCCAAAUAUUAGCGAAUGCAGAAAAGUAAAGGUUCAAAAAUUAUUUAUUUUUUCAAAAUUUUUCGUUUCGUCCCUAUAAUUAAUUCCAAAGUUUUUUCAAGUAAUUUGUUAAAAUAACAGAAUUCGACUGCGAAACGUUUUGUGGACACCGCCAACUCUAUCUAUAUAUCAGUAAUUAUCAAACAUUACAUUCCAAAGUAACGACUUUUUAAUACAAUUUAAAAAUAAACCUAUUACACAAAUAAAUCACAUACAGUAUUUGACAAAAUUAAAAAAAAUAAAAAAUCUCAAUAAAUGUUACGAAUAGCAAUAAAGAAAUUUGUAACAGUUGGACACUCGAAAUCAACAUAAUAAAAUAUUCGUUCGUGAGUUUUAAAGAGCUCUGCUGCAAGACUGAUGAUCAAUCACUUUAUUCCAUGUGUUGUUGUUUGUGGCGACGGCUUUCUUUGUUAAACCGAACAUUAAAACAGAUCAACUCUAAAAUAAAACGAGUAAAAAUGCCUUUAGAAUAAAUUGUAAUUGCAGAAAUACAAACAAAAAAAUCACACACAAAUCCUAACCUUAAAUAAUAUACUCAAAAAGCUUUUAGAAGACAAAUAAAAAACCAAAAAAUAAUAAAAAGAACCUUAAAAAGUAAUAAAAAAUUAAAUGAAUAUAUAUUUAUACAAAAUUAUACUAAAGAAAUACUAAGUAUGUAUACAUGAAUACUUAAAUUAAAUGUUUCAAUUAAUUUAAUAUGGUAAAAUGAUGACUUGUUUUUAUAUAAUUUUUUUUUUUCAUUUCAAUUAUUUCCAAAUAUCAUUACAGUAUGGAUAGAAAGAAGCCUUAGAAUACACUAAAAGUACUAUGCUUAACAUACACAGAACAAAAACACACAGUUUUAUACAGUCUUUUAUACCAGAACUAUAAAGCCUUUUAGAGCAUUAUUUAAAAUGAAAAUGUCGAAAAAGAAAAACAAAUUUUUAUGAUCUAAUGUGAAUGUAUUUAGAACCUACUACUACUACUACUAUAUAUAUAUUUGUAUAAAAUGAACUGUAACGUAUAACUAAAAGUUUGAUAAGUAAGACCCAGUUUAAUAUUAAAUGUUUCUAAAAAAAAUUAACAAAAAUUGUCUAACUUUUUCUAACAAACUCCCGCGUUUUUUCAUCAAGUCCCUUGAAUGGCGAAAAUUUCGAAACAGAUACAAAAUGAAUACAUACUUUCUUUCUUUCUUAUUACUAUUUAGCAUAUUAUCUUAAUCCCAAACACUACAUACCUACAUACUUUUAUUGUUGAAUUUAUUAUUACUCGUAUAAAAUAUUAUCUUAAACAUAAACAUAUUAUUAAACAUAAAAUUUAUUUAAAUACAUACAUAUUAUUAUUACUAUUAUUAUUAUUAUAUUUACUACAUAUUUUAUUAUGCAUUGUACUCUCGUCGUAUAUCAAUAUGAAUUUAUUAUUAUUGCUUUUAAAGUGCUGCUUUUAUUUUAAAUAUAAAACAUAACAAAAAUUCCAUUUUUUAAAUAAUUACUUUUUAUUAUUAUUAUUAUAACAGAUACACAAGUGUAUUAUUAUUAUUAAAUACAUAUAUAUAUUUCUCUUUUUUAUUUUUAAAAUAAUUUAAAACAUUAUACUAAAAUUAAUUGUUAACAUUAGAGUCCCUAUAAAAAAUCUAACCAAAGUUUUUAAUUUAUUAUUGUUUUUUAUUCUCCAUUUUAACAAUUGGUUUUUUAUUUUGUUAUUUUUAUAUAUUAUUAUUUUUUUAUUUACAUAACAAUUUAUAAAUUAAUAAUUUUAUCAACAUACAAUAUAUAUAAUAUAUACAACAUACAAUAUUUAAAAAUUAAUAAAAAUAAAGUAAAAUUGUUUAACAAUGUUACACAGAAUAAAUAAA